AGAUUUUACACGUUACACGUGUUAAAUAGAUCACACGUGUUAAAUAGAUCACACGUGGCAGACUUAAUGGUCAAAAUCUGUGUAGGUAGUUGCAGGCAGGCAGAGCUUUUUUUCUUCGUCUACUUCCAUGGAGGUUCUCCGAUCACCUGCUUCUCCUUCCUCCGCCGAGAGACCAUCGGAGACGCUGAUUGUUUUCCGAGUUCCGUCCAGUUUCGGUGCCAAGUUGCGGAAGCCUCACAAGCGUCCAAUUUUGAAGCAGCUGAAGAUUGCUUACCCUGUAAACGCUGGUCAUUGUAACAGGCGAAAUCUCCAGCAUUAUUUGUCUCCGUUCGCGACGAAUGCCGAAGCGUCUCCUCCGCCGACUCCGCCGCCUUCGAGCUCCAACGCCAAUGACCGGAAGCUCGCCAUCGUGGCGUGCUCCGUUGUUACCGUGGGGCUAGCGAUUGCGAACCGUGUGCUCUACAAGCUAGCUCUUGUUCCGAUGAAGGAAUUCCCCUUUUUCCUGGCGCAGCUCACCACGUUCGGGUAUGUGGGAAUAUAUUUUUCCAUCCUUUACAUGAGAUACAAAGCUAACAUAGCUACUGAUGAGAUGCUUGCUUAUCCAAAACUACCUUUCAUGAUAAUUGGUUUGUUAGAAGCUCUUGGAGUUGUUUCUGGAAUGUAUUCCGGAGCUAUGCUUCCUGGACCAGCUAUUCCUAUACUAAAUCAGACAUUCUUGGUGUGGCAGCUGACAUUUUCUAUGCUUUUCCUGGGGAGAAACUACUCAUUGAAUAAACUUGCUGGAUGCUUUCUUGUUGCUGCUGGUGUUGUGUUAGCUGUUACAAGUGGAUCUGAAAAUGAUCACAUGCUCUCUGGAGUCGGCUUCUUUUGGCCAGCAGUGAUGAUAGCUUCAAGUGCAUUUCAAGCAACUGCUUCUGUUCUCAAGGAAUCUGUUUUCCUCGAUGCUGCCACACGACUCAAGGGAAAGCUCCUAGACAUCUUCGUUGUCAAUUCCUUUGGCUCCGGGUUUCAGGCACUCUUUGUUCUCCUAUUUCUGCCUUUUCUGUCAAGCCUCAAGGGCAUACCAUUUUCUGAACUACCAUCGUAUUUGACAAGCGGUGCUGCUUGCUUCUUCAACGUCGGAACCACCACGACAGGCUGCGACGGGGCCCCAUGGCUGCCCAUGCUUUACAUAGCAACCAACAUUGCUUUCAACAUCUCGGUGCUCAAUCUACUGAGAUUUUCGUCGGCUAUAGUUUCUUCCCUUGCCGUGAUGUCCUCAGUGCCCAUCUCAAUCUACAUUCUUUCGCUUCCGUUGCCGUACCUCCCUGAAGGCGUGAGCCUUAGCUGGUUCUUUGUAUUGGGCAGCGCCGUCCUCAUGGCGGGGCUCCUUAUAUACAACCUGUCGUGGCCACUCAAGCCGGAGACGCACUCGUCGGACUCUGACGCCUCGUGACUCCGGCCGAUGGCUCGCUGCGGGCUAUAAAGUAGCUGGAAACUAGGCCCUACAGACAAAUCACAUGUGUGGCAAGUGACAUGAGGCGUCGAGGGGGACUUCACGGUCACACAUCCAACCCUCAUACUACCAGGUCAUCCCUUAUGGGAUAAAAAUUAUGAUCCAGAUGCAUAAAGUUUUAAGUUGUUUGACAACAAUGCAAGAACAAUUUGGGUACAUUGAAAAACUUCAGUAUCCAAAUUUCUAAUAGAAGUUUUUUACUAGUACUCAAAUAGUCAUAUUGUUUAUCUUAACAGCUUAACAGCCAAACAGUCGGUUGAAAUUCAAUGUACAUGUCAAAGUUUGAAACUACCGGUAUAUUACGUAGACAUUUUGAAUA